GAAAACUCUAACGUGAGAGAGUGUCUACAGAGAGACUUCGGAAAUAGAAAGAGCAUUUGUCAUCCAAUGGAGGCUGGGAGGGGGUUCACAUAUUUAAAACCAAGUUUAUCCAAUCUGGGUAACCAAGGGGAAAGCAUUAAGCCUGGCAAUAAUAAUUACCCACUGUCAAACCAAUAUGGACAGCCAAUGUCAUCUUAUAACCCUCAACAGGCUGUGCCAAUGCCGACCCUGGUCACAACACAGCCUAAUGUAAUGGUUAUUCCUCAACCGACCUACAGGGAUUAUCUAGGCCUGUCCAUCAUGAACCUGAUCCUGUGCUGUUUCCCCGUCGGAAUCGCUGCUGUUGUAUUCUCUUGCAAGACGCGGGACUCAUUGAGACGCGGAGACAUGAUUUCAGCGGCGAGCGAUUCACGCACUGCGUUUUCACUGAACAUGGUGGCUCUGGGAUUGGGGAUCGCUGCGAACAUUGUUUGGGUUGCCUACGUGAUAUAUGUGUUACUAAUAAUCUUCAUUUAUUCUUCCUCGUCCCAUCAUGAUAAUGUCCAUAACAUCUACAAUGGAUCCAGUGAAUUCAAUGGAUUCAAUCAGCUCAAUGGAUUCACUGAAAUAAAUGGCUAUUGA